AUGCACAUGCAUAUCUACUUUCUCUCUCCUUCACCUUCUCUCAUUUUCUCUACACUUCUCUCUCCUUUUCUUUCCCAUCUCUUCUCUCUUCUUUUUCCCACUCCUUCCCUAUUCUUCUCUUUCCUUUUCUUUCCUGCUUCUCCUCUCUGUUUCUCUUUCCUUCUCUCUCUCUCUCUCUCUUUUACCCGCUCUUUCUUUUUCCUUUUCUUUCUUUCCUCUUCUCUCACCUCUUUCCAACCUUUCUCUAUCCUUCUCUUUCCUGUUUCUUCUUGUUCUCAUUCUUUCUUUCACCUUCUCUUUUCUGUUCUUUCUCUCUUUUCCUCUUUCCUGUUCCCUCUCUUUCUCUUUCCUGCUCUUUCACUUUUUCUUUUUCCCUGUUUCUUCUCUCUUUCUCUUUCCGACCCUUCUUUCUCCUUUUCCUUUCCAUUUCUUCUCUCUCUUUCUGUUUUCCAACCAAUCUCUUUCCUUUUCUUUCCUGCCCUUUCUCUUUCAUUAUCAUCCCUGUCCUCUCUCUUGUCUUUCUCACCCCUUCUGUUUAUUUCCUGUCCCUCUUAUCUUCUUGUCAUUGAUUUUCCUUUGCUCUCCAUUUCUCUCCCUUCACCCUCUCUCCCCAUUUCUUCCCCUACCAUAUCCUCUCUCAGUUUUUUCCUCUCUCUCUGUUUCUUCAUCUGUCUUCCUCUCAGUUUACGCCCCCCUUCACCUUCUCUUUUUAAUUUCUUACCUUCCCUCUAUUAA